AUGGCGACGGGAGAUAGAGAAUAUCUCUCUUUGAAAGUCAUGCGGCUCUCACAGCCGUCGUGGGAAUCAAACCCUUGGCCGUUGAUUUCUCUGAGGGAUCUAGCACGUGACGAUCUGGAUGCCUCUCUAGCUAGAGCAGAAGAGACAGUGAACGAGAAGUGGCUGUCAAGCGCGCACUCUCUUCUUCUUCCCAUAACGCAGGGGCGUGUGUUCAGUGGAGAGACAUUUUCGGCCUACCUCAAUAUUGCAAAUGUAUCAAGUAUUCAGGCAAACAACGUUAAGCUGCAAGUCGAACUAUUCCUCGGGAAUUCACGUCAUCUCCUGUUCGACAAUUCGGAGGAUCCGGUUCGGAGCUUAAACCCUGAAGAUUCAUUUGACUGCACUAUUCAGCACCAGAUUGAGGAGUCAGGAACCUGCAUGUUUACCGCUCAAAGCCCCUUCAAGACGGCUCAUCGCAUUACACACUUGCAAGACAAAACUCUUGUAGAGUGCACCCUCACCAAUGUUUCUCAGCAGCAUGUAUUCCUCAACGAGGCCUCCAUCCUCUGCGCUGAGGAAUGCUUUGCAUACAGCCCUGCAUCCGUUUUGGUGCAGCACAUUCCAAAUCUUGGGACGCUAACACUACAGUGGCGCACAUCAACGGGAGGAGUUGGGACACUCAGCGACUAUGAGCUGUUGAAUGCGCCAAAGCCCAUGCAGCCGCUUGAAAUGCGGUUAGUCGAUUUCCCUUCUUCAAUCCAGGUCGACCAUCCAUUCACCGUGGAGCUGGAGGUCAUCAACAGGCUGCAGACGGAUUUGGAACUCAUUCUCUGCGUUAAGCUCUCGGAACUCGAGCCUUUUGUUCUAGAAGGCCCCAAGCAACUGAACCUCGGGCCUCUCGGUCCCCGGUCUUCAAAAAGGUUUUCCUUCGAAAUGCUUUGCCUCCAACCAGGUGCGUUGCUUAAUGUUGUUCCCUUGCUUCUCAUGACUCCUUCCACUUCUUGCUGGUGA